CAAUCGCUAUGCUUCUAUCAAUGUCUUCUACUAGAGUCGUCGCCAUUCUGCUGCUAUGCGUAUUCGUCAUGAAAGAGGGAUUAGCUGCUAAGAAGACAACUUGUGCAGAUAAGAAAUAUAUGGAAAAACUCAAACAAAAUCUUGACAAUUUCAAUGAGGUUGUUAGUUUCUAUGAAGAUUCUACUCGAAAAUAUACAGAGAAAAAAAGCGAUUUAGAUGGAAUUUUGAAGACAUUGCAAGAUGAUAUGAAAGCGAAGUCGCCGAAUCAAACUGAAAUGAUAAAUGCAUAUGUAUUAUGCCAGAGUAGUAAUUAUGAAGAAUACUAUCGACCAGAUGUCUACAUGGCCUUCAUACCUGAGAUGCUGGCAGUGAAAGACGUUCAUGACAAAUUCAUCCCCGAUUUCAAUAAGUUACUGCUUCAGUACACAGAAUUUUCUCAAUUAUAUGCAGACAACGUGCAAAAAAAUCGGUAUGGUCCUGCAUAUCCUGGCUGUAAAGUCCAUAUGCCUCCUGCAGACAUCCGCGGUAUCUCCUAAUCAGCAGUUAUUCUUAUUUCAUGUUGCAUUGAAUUCAUGCGAAUUUUGUAUUUCCCAGGUUAUUCAUGGCGAAAAUAGCAACUGUGUAGAAUUGACGGAUUUAUAAUUAUACGCUCAUACAUCCCUUUGUAUUAAAUCAAGUGGAUCAAUAAGCAUAUUCACAAUACUGUCACUGUGUUGAUCUACUUACUGACUUAUGGCUGCAGAUUAGCAUGUGAAUGGAAGUCAUUGUAUAUAACCCUCUCGCAGGAUUUCUAGCAGUUAAGAAGAACAGAAUAGCGAAGUGUGAUAAAGUGUCGCAUGUGAGCAACAUCGAGGAGUCCUCACGAUUUCUGAAAUUCAGAUCUCUGUAACCCAACAACCAGAGAUAGGAGGAUAGGAAGGAAUUCCAAUGAAGUUUAAAAGAUGCCUAAUAUAUAUAAUUCACUGAAAGAUACUUGACUGAUGGAAUAAACUCUAAGUAAUAAAGUCUUUGAAUAGAAAAGAUAUAGAAGCACAUUUCUAUCUAAGCGAUAAACAGACAAAUUCAGAUGCUAUGAAGUUUGUGAAUAAAACCUUCUGAUCGCAUCCUUCAGUGAGUCAAAAGACGACUUUCCGAUUAUCAGGCUGUGUUAUAUUCGCCUUGCAAUUUCAUCAACACUUCAAAUUUUCUCCUGUGUUUUCAAAUCAAACUUCAUUCCUUUCAGAUAUUACAAACCUGAACCUAUUGAUACCUCAGAAGUAUGCUGCAGCGUCAUCUCUCCAGAUAAAGUCAGGGCUUAAAUCCAUAUAUGAGAAAAUCGCCUCCGGAUUAAAGGCUGAAUAUGAAGCUUGCUGAAGCAUUCGGUAGAGAUGUGUAACAACAUAAUGAUUAUUCAAUGUGAUUUCACAGUAUCGUAACAAUAUUAUUACACAAUUUCUAAUAACAUUUCCAUUUUUCUCAAUUAUAAACUUUCUUAAAUACAUAUCUUGAUCCGGU